AAAAAGGCAUCGGGGCAGCGCGCGUUCGUGUCGCCCAUUGUUAUCCUCGUCGCGUGUAAUGGCUACCGCAGAGUUUGUUGACGGUGCUCGGUCUGCUUGUUCGCGCUACGGCCUAGCCUGAGCCACGAUACGCGGCGACGUGGCCCAACCUGAUCAGAAUAAACGGGAGAGAAGCGGUGGCCCGCGAGGUACCGCCAAUUUUAUGUGACCCGAGAAACUCGCGCUUCGUACAUCGGUCGCCGUAGCCGCCACCGCGCUUGGACGACAUGAUCUGCGCGGGUCAACGCUGCCCAUUGACAAGCGUGUAACUCGAAGCUGAUUUCGCGGCAUCCACAAGGGGCGAGAUUAUCGGAAGUGUUGUGACCGGAGUUGAUUUCUAGCGGGAUCGAACGUACCGAGGAGGUACAUCGAAGCUGAAAAUCGAUCGCCAUUGAUUUUCCGCCGCGACCACGGCCCAACCGACACGAGGAACCCGUUCUCGGAUGUUGUAUAGGACGAUAGACCGAAACCAGUUGCCGAAGUAUCGCGAUCGUCAAGAUUAAGUCCGACCAGCUGCGCGGCACUCCGCGCCGCAGUCAUGGCAACUAGAAGAUCGUCCGUUUGGCAGCCAGACAUGUAACCCGCGGCGCCUGUGUAGACUAUCACAUGGUCAAAGGCAACACAUCAAUGGCCCUGGAAUCAAAUGGCAACAACGUGGUGUGGUUGAACACAACCCGUCCUGAUCAAAUACAACAGAGCCAACCAAUUGAGCAGCCAGUGAAGUGUUCCAUGUUUACCCAAACUGAGCAAACUAAUAGUUUUACUCAGACGGAGCAGAGCAAUUCGAGCUACGGAGAUCAGAGACAGCAACAAGCAGCAAUGUUUGACCCACAACAAAUGCAGCAGCAACAAGCUGCUCAAGGUCAACAGUCUCAGCAGCAACAGUCUCAGCAGAUGUAUGUCACGACAGACAAGAAGGAGGACAAAUCUCAGCAGCAAUCAGCUACUGCGGAAUUCCCAUUCUAUUACAAUGUCAACAUGCUCCAGAAAGUUCAAACAAACGUGGGCACAAUCGGUGCAAUAACCACAGACGAUAAAGGUUGCUAUCGUUUCGAUGUGCAACCUGUUGGUUAUAACACACUGUUAAACCAGAUGAGCAUCGCAGCUGCCACCAAUGCUACCUUCAAGUGUGACAUUUGUGGUCUGGUCUUUGGGCACAUGAGCUUACUGAAUCAUCACAAACGGAUUCAUAACACAACACCUAGUAAUCUUCAGCAGCAACCGCAACAGGUCGUUGUGCAAACACCGACAACAGUUACUGUUGCGACUACACCAGAAAGACCAUAUACCUGUGAUAUAUGCGGAGCAUGCUUUGCACUACCAGGAGAAUUGAAGAGCCAUAAAACAAAUAUGCACCAAAAACCAAAGGUGCAGAUUUGCGAAGAUUGCGGUAGCGAGGACCCCUGCGAGCAUCAUCCUACUAAAAUUAAAAAGACUAUUAAACCUGGUCAUCAUCCUGUGAAACGAAGGGGCGUUACGAGUGUCACGAAGUGUCAUAAGUGUAAUGGCACGGGAAUAAUUUUUAUUGGUGGGAAACAGAACAGUCAGAAUCAGGCAGAGAAACCGUUCCACUGUAAUGUCUGCGAUGGAACAUUCUCCCGAUACUCGUCGCUCUGGUCCCAUAAGAGACUUCAUUCUGGGGACAAACCUUUCAAGUGUGAGAUUUGCGGCUUAGCUUUUGCAAAAGCUGCUUAUCUGAAAAACCACGGAAGAGUGCAUACCGGUGAAAAGCCGUUCAAAUGCAGUGUCUGUGGUAUGCAGUUCUCGCAAAGUCCUCAUUUAAAGAACCACGAAAGAAUUCAUUCUGGUGAACGUCCCUAUCAGUGUGAAGUGUGUGAAAAAACAUUCGCCAGACAUUCGACCCUUUGGAAUCACAGGAGGAUCCACACCGGUGAAAAACCUUACAAAUGUAGUAUAUGUGGCUCGGCCUUUAAUCAAGCUACACAUCUGAAGAAUCACGCGAAGGUCCAUACUGGAGAAAAGCCACACAGAUGUGACAUAUGUGAGAUCGGGUUUUCCGAUCGCUUCGCAUUGAAGCGUCACCGUGCAAUCCAUGAAAAGUACGGGCAGACAGCCCGGAACCAGAACGCGAACAAUCCGAGCAACGCACAGCAACCGAACGCGAGCAAUCAACAACAACAACAGCAACAACAACCCCAGCAGACGCAACAAGGUCAACAGGUUGUCGUGGUGAACGCCGCGACCCCUGUCACCGUGAGCCAAGGUCAAGGCCAAGCAGUAAUGCUCGAAGAAGUCUACAAGUGUCAGGUGACCUUCCCAGAGCCUAAAUGAUUCAGCUAGAGGAUACCUUUCAGGAGCUGGUAAAGGGGUUAAGUUUUUAACCUUUUUCUAAGAGAAACAAAAACACACCGAAAUAACGUCGAAAAAAGCAAAAAAAUCACUAAUUAACAUUGAGAUAAACACGAGACAGCACUCGUGUGUGCGUGCGAAAAAAAUGUAAAGAACAUGAAGUGACGUGUGCUCGUGGCGAGUUUCCAGAGCCGUCCAUCGAGACACGAAUUUCGUGAAGAGAUAUUCAGGUUCUGAUGGAAAGAAUAUAUAUAUAUAUAUAUA